CACAUAAUUUUGUAAAAAGUUGAUCUUUGAUCUUGCUUACUCUAUAUACAGAUCGAACCAAUCAUUGGUUAUUUUGAGGGAAUUAUCUUUUGCCAUUGAGCUUGAGGGCCCCCUUUUUCCGUCAAGAACUUUCUAUAUAUAUGAGUAGUUAUUUGACACAAAAGCAUCAUUCAAACAGUUCUAAUUCUUUCUUAUAUUCAUAUUUCAUAUUUUCUUAUAAAAGACUCAAAAAGAGAAAGAAAUAAUGGCUAUUGAGAUUGAGAAAUCAAUUGUUGGGCUAUCAAAAGUUGCAAAUUCAGAUACUCAUGGAGAAGACUCACCAUAUUUUGCAGGGUGGAAAGCAUAUGAUGAAGAUCCUUUUGAUGAAGUUCACAAUCCUUCUGGAGUAAUUCAGAUGGGAUUGGCUGAAAAUCAAGUAUCAUUUGAUUUGGUAGAAGAGUACUUGGAAAAACAUUCAGAAGCCAUUGACUGUGGAAGUGGAAUUUCUAGCUUCAGGGAGAAUGCUUUAUUUCAAGAUUAUCAUGGACUUUUUUCUUUUAGAAAAGCAAUGGCAAAUUUCAUGGAGAAAAUAAGAGGUGGAAGAGCAAAAUUUGAUCCAGAUAGAGUUGUUAUUACAGCUGGUGCUACAGCUGCUAAUGAGUUAUUAACAUUUAUUCUUGCUGAUCCUGGUGAUGCCUUACUUGUUCCAACUCCUUACUAUCCAGGGUUUGACAGAGACUUGAGGUGGAGAACAGGUGUAAAAAUAAUUCCAAUACAUUGUGACAGUUCAAAUAAUUUCCAAGUUACACCACAAGCCUUGGAAUCGGCCUAUGAAGCAGCAAAAUCCAACAGAAUCAAAGUUAGAGGAAUACUCAUAACAAACCCUUCAAACCCUUUAGGUGCAACAAUCCAAAGAUCAAAUCUUGAGGAAAUUCUUGAUUUCGCCGUCCAAAAAAACAUCCAUCUUGUCUCUGACGAAAUCUACUCCGGAUCAGCAUUCUAUUCCUCGGAAUUCGUCAGCAUUGCUGAGGUUCUGGAAUCUAGAAAAUACAUGGAUUCGGAACGAGUACAUAUCGUGUAUAGCCUUUCGAAGGACUUAGGUCUCCCUGGAUUUCGAGUUGGUACGAUUUAUUCAUACAAUGACAAUGUUGUCACAACCGCUAGGAGGAUGUCAAGUUUUACCUUAAUUUCCUCCCAGACACAACAAUUGUUGGCAUCCAUGUUGUCCGAUGAGGAAUUUACUAGGAAUUAUAUUAAGACGAAUCGCGAUAGAUUGAGAACAAGAUAUGAAAAAAUUAUUGAUGGAUUAAGGGGGAGUGGAGUUGAGUGUUUGAAAGGGAAUGCAGGGUUAUUUUGUUGGAUGAAUUUGAGUCAUUUAUUGGAGAAGUCAACAAGGGAAUGUGAAUUGGAACUUUGGAAUUCAAUUUUAGGUGAAGUGAAGUUGAAUAUUUCACCAGGAUCUUCUUGUCAUUGUUCAGAGCCAGGAUGGUUUAGGGUUUGUUUUGCUAAUAUGAGUGAACAAACACUAGAAGUUGCACUCACAAGAUUACAUAAUUUCAUGCAAAAAAGAACAAAAAAAGUAAUUAAUUCCAGCUUUUUUAGUUUUCUUCUUUAGAUCUUUUUGGUUUCAGGAAAUUAAUUCCACUUUUGGUUGAUAUUGGAUCAGUUCUCUCUAUGAUGUUACUUCCAAAGAUUAGGAUUUUUGUCCUCAAAUAUUGUACAUCAUAUUGAAUUCAUCAAUAUACAUA